UUUCAAAUGAAUGAAAAAGUAAAUAGAUAAAUUCAGACCAUAUUUUCAUACAGUUAUGACUAUUUGCCUUACAUUUAUGGUUUUGAAAAAAAUCUCUGAAUAAGAAAAGUCAGUAAACAAAUUGAAUUUAUCUCAAAUUGACUGCAUUAGAUUUUUAAAUCAAAUUGGCAAGUCGCCGACGUUUUACAAUUAAAUCAGCGGUGUGACAUAUCGGUUUUUGUGUGUGAUCGGUCGCAGUUGAUGGUCACUUUGUAUAAACAUCAUAGACAAUGGUAAUGAAGUGAUUAUUUGGAUAUUAUAUUUCAAUUGUUAAUUAACUGAUAAAUCAGAAUGUCUACCCCACAAUCAAAAUUAAAGGGUAAACGGAUAUUGCCAAAUAUUCCAGCUGAGUCGCGUGUAUUUAGGAAAUCCGGAGUUACAUUUAAUUCUGAUACAGUUGAAACUUCAGUUGGUGGAACUCGGACACCAGGACGGAUAAAAGCAGAUCCUUUAAGUCCAAUGAAUAGAUUAAGUUAUGAUGAAACCUCUUUGCGGUCAGGAAAUCAAAGUUAUGAAUCAGAUGAACAAUUUGAUAAUCACCGACAUAGUGUGACCCCAAGGACCUUAACUUCUGUCCUUGAAAAGGUUCAUUCAAAAGGAAAUAUAUCAGUGGAAGUGAGUAUAUCUCAUAAUGGUGAAUCUGACAAGGAGAAUUAUCCCACUGCUUCAAAGGCAAGGAAAUCCCUGUCAGCUGAGUGUACUCCACUGGGCACCCCGAGUCGGUAUUUGCCAGUUGAGGGAAGUACACCAAUUCGAGAAAAUGUUCGAUUACAAGGCGGUGAAGAUAGCAGUGUAACAGUGGCUGUGCGUGUGCGUCCAUUUAGCACAAGAGAGUUGUCAGACCAGAAUGUCAGCAAGGUGGUGUCCAUGUCCGGUAAUGAGACGAAGGUGCGAUCUGACUCGGGCUACGAGCAUCUCUUCCUGUACGAUUUCUCUUUCUCCUCAUUUGAUCGCGAGGAUCCGGAGUACGUCUCGCAGGAGAAUGUAUACACUUGUCUGGCUCAGCCCCUUCUUGGCAAGGCGUUUGAGGGCUACAACACGUGCCUGUUUGCGUAUGGCCAAACAGGAUCAGGGAAAAGCUACUGCAUUAUGGGACAUGGCGAAGAUGUUGGCAUUAUUCCACGCUUCUGUGAGGAGCUGUUUUCACGUGCACACUUUGCCAAAGAACAUGACAAGAUAAAGAUUCAUGUGGAGAUCAGCUUCUUUGAGAUCUACAAUGAGAAGAUCCAUGACCUUCUAGCAUCCAGUAACCAUGGCAACAGCAAGGACAAGAAGGUUAAGAAAACCACAUUGCGAGUAAGAGAGCACCCAUCGCUAGGCCCUUAUGUUGAGGGUUUGUCUACGUUUAUCGUGACCUCGUUUGAGGAUGUGGAAGGUUGGAUCACCCUUGGCAACAAGAAUCGUGCUACCGCGGCAACUGGCAUGAAUGACAAGAGCAGCAGAUCACACUCAGUGUUCACCAUUCUACUCACACAAACAAAGACGGAGACCCUUGAGGGACAGCUUCACGAUCACUCCACCACGUCCAAGAUCAACCUGGUGGAUCUUGCCGGCAGUGAGAGACAGUCACAGGCACACACCUCCGGGGAGAGGCUCAGGGAAGGAGCAAACAUCAACAAGUCUCUACUCACCCUGGGAAAAGUCAUCUCACAGCUAGCAGAACAGUCAAACAUUGUCAACAAACGCAAGAAAAUCUUCAUACCAUACAGGGACUCUGUGCUUACAUGGCUAUUGAAGGAAAGUCUUGGUGGCAAUUCUAAGACAGCCAUGAUUGCUACAGUGUCUCCAGCCAAUCACCACAUAGAGGAGACCCUGAGUACGCUCCGGUAUGCCCAGACUGCACGCUCCAUUGUCAACAUUGCCAGGGUGAAUGAAGACUCAAAGGCCAAACUCAUCAGAGAGCUGAGAGCGGAAAUUGAGCGUCUACGAGCAUCAGGUUUGUCUGAAAGUGAUGACAUCACGUCAACAUGUCUGGCUGAGAUUUCUAAUCUUAAAGACCAGCUGCGUGAGAAGGAACGUGAGGUGGAGGAAGUGACGAGAUCCUGGCAGGAGCGACUUCGACAGUCAGAGGAACGAAAGGCCGAGGAGGCAAAACAACUUGAGAAAGCAGGAGUGACCUUAAAGAUUGAUAACCGGCUGCCCAACUUUGUAAACCUAAAUGAGGACCCCCAGCUGUCAGAGAUGCUCCUAUACAAUAUAAAGGAGGGGACGACCAAGGUGGGCCGUAUGGGUAACCACUCCAAACACGAUAUACAGCUCAAUGGAGCUCUUAUUGCCGAUAAUCACUGUGUGAUUCGUAAUGAGGAGGCUAGCGUGUCCAUCACGCCAAUAGCUGAUGCUCCAACCUAUGUGAACGGCAACCUCAUAUCUGAACCCACCACGCUACACCAUGGAGACCGAGUUAUUCUGGGUGGGGACCACUAUUUCCGGUUCAACCAUCCAAUCGAGGUUCAGCAGAUGAAGAAAAUCCGCAAUGGGGUUCACACACAUGAGAUCAAGGACUUUGAGUAUGCCAAUGCUGAACUGAUGAGGGUACAGGAGGCCAGGCUUCAGGAGGCCAGACAUGCAGCCCAGGAGGAAAUGUUGGAAGAAGUAGAGCAAGCGAAACGGGAGGCUGAAUUACGACUUGCAGACUUAGAAAAAGAAUUGCGAGAAGAGACAGAGGGUAAAGUUCGUGAGGCUGAAGGCACAAUAUCUAAACUGAAGAGGCAGAAGAUGAUUCUGGAACAGGAGGUGAUAGCCGGGAGGAAGAGACAACAGCUGGAGGCUGAGGCUGCCAUGAAGGCAUCAAGUGCCCAGUUGGCAGAGCGGUCUCGAAUCAUGGAUAUGCUACAGGAAAUGAGAAAUGAGGCAGCCCAAAAGCUGGACAACCUAAAACAGCGACGCAAGGGGGCUAAUUCAUCUCAACAGACUUCAGCUGAUAGACCCAAUGUCAUCGAGGUUUCUUCUGGUAAGAUGGAUCUCUACAAAAUCGCUCUGCAAAUACGCGAAGCAAACAAAAUCAGUCAGUAUAUGAAGAAAAACACAGUGUUCAGUCGGGAGGAUUACCUUGAUGGGGAGGAAGUUAGGACUGUGAUUAAGGUGACCAACAGUCGCCUAAAUGUAUCGACACACUGGAGUCUACCAAAGUUUGAGUCCAAACUUGUCCAGAUGAGGGACCUUUACCAGAAUGAGUCUGAGAGUACAGAUGAUGAUGAUAACGAGGUGUUUAACGACCCGGAGGACCAGUGGGGCAAGGACAGUGUGGCCAUGUCCCCUUUAGAGAUCAAGAACAAUGGUAAGAGGUCUGUGCUGUCACCCAGCCUGCGCCAUGCCCUUCUGUCCAGUGUAUCCAGCAUCAACAGCAGCAUCUACAGACAAGACUCAUACAGAGGAGAGAGAUCGUGUGGUCCACAGGUGGCCUCCCUGUGUAAAGAUGUGAUCAACAUGACCUUAGGGGGACUCAAGUCUUCAAGUCUGGAGGAGAGUAUUGGUGACCAGAUUCUAUACAGCUGUCAGACCCUCAAAUUGUGCACCAGCCAGUUCCUGUCACUCCCUGCCGCCCUCGAAACCAAUAACAACAAAUCCAGUAGAUCAGACCUUCUUCAGCUGACUUGUAUCCAGCUGACAACUGCGUUCCAUCGACUUCUAGGCCAGUGUCACCUAUGGACAUCCACACACCAGCACCUCCAGUCUGCGUUCAUCCACGACCUCCUGUCACGUCUCAAUGACCAGGUCCGCGGCAUCGGCGGCCAUGUCAUUCGGUUCAUGCAGGGUUGUGAGAGUGACAUUGACAGCCUGAUGGAGGAUGCCGUCACCAAGCUGUCUGACGGUGUCCACUCUGUGUGCCGCCUGUCUGGAGAGCUGGCUCUCGCUACAGACACCCUCAUCAUAUACUUUGACAACUCUGAACCAAGCAGUGAAAAAGACCAGGGACAGACUGAGGGUAGCGCGGAGGUUUGUAACUGGUUCCUGAGUGGGUGUGAUGUGUUCAUUGACAAGACCCUGCAGGGAGCACUCACCACUUUAGAUGAGCUGGAGACGCAAGCACAGGCUCUCACUGGGAUACCACAAGAUAACAGUAGUGUACGCGAAGUGGCCCAGAAUGUGGAAAUCUGUGUGGUCUGCUGUAAAGACCUCCUCCUAAAAUGUCAGCAACUCCAGGUCGAGUUGGACAUCAGUAACUUGGACCAGUCCAUGAGCGGGGAUGAUAGCCGCCCUAGCCAGGGAAACUACAGCAAGUACCAGGUGCUGUUUUCCCACGUGUCGGCCCUCGUAGAUGCAGUGAGCAUACUCCUGCAGCAUGCGGAGCCUGCUAUAGAGGGUUCAGAUCAAGACAUGAAGAAAUUAUUUCGAUGUGCAGAGAUGGUGAAAAAGUGUUCAGAACAGGUAGCAGAGGUCACAGGUCGUGACCAUGACAAGUUUUCUCAAAAGUCAAGGUCAUCACUUUCUCAAGGUCAAAGUGAAAGGUCAGAGUGUAACAGUAAACCAGAGUUGUCGGAGACACAGUCGGAACUGUUGGAGUUUGUGUUCAAUGAUAUUAAAUCUUCAUUAGACGCUUUGAUUGGGAGUGUUCAAAUUGUAGUUCAGGAGCGAUCAGUUUCCAUUGAAACCCCACGAGGAGGGAAAAGACUUUUGCCAUCACAGCCCAGACGUUCAGGAUCAUUUGAGAGGAAAGAAGAUGACUGAUUAUUUAUUGCAGUUUCAAUAAGGUUCUUCCAAAGCUCAUGUGUUCAAUAAUUUUAUAAAGACAUGUAACUGCUUGCUUAGAAACAGAAAACAUUGCAAGUACAUAUCAAGUUCCUUUUUCAUUUAUAGGAGAAACUCAGUGACGCCAGUGUAGCCAGUGUAAAGUGUUUGGCAUUAAAUUGAAAGAAUUGCUUUUGCUGAUAUUGAAUGAUAAAUAUAUAUAUAUAUAUAUAUAUAGCUUAGCAAUUAUAUCCUCAAAACCUUUAAUCAAGAUACAUUUGUGAAUUUUAGCUUAUAAUGGAAGAGAACAAAUGUUGUUGUUAGAGUAACAUUUGGGAAAUAAACAAACAAAUUUACUAUGGUCCUGUACAGAACGAUCAUGUGAUCCUUAUUGCUUUAUUAAAAUAGGUCGAUCUGUACGCAACGCACAUAUCUUUUUAAAAGAAUGCACUGCAAUGCAUAGUUUGUGUUAAAAUUGUUGGUAUUUAAAAGAGGAGACAUAACAAAACUCUGAUUUUUAGUGCAUAAACCCACAUUUUGUAUGUUUUUGGUUGAUUGUAACCAAAUUGCUGAACUGUUUUUGUUCUUGAAUUGUUGGAAUAACGGAAAACAAAUCUAAUCAUACAAAUGGAAUAUGACACUGUUAACACAUACUAUACUUUGCCCAUAACAGCAGCAGCAUUGCAUUGAUAUAAGUUGCGGUGUACAUUUGAUUGUAAUAAAUCCUAUUUGUGCCUUGUCUCUUCGAAAGAGCAAAAAUGGUACAUUCAACUACCAAGUAAGAUCAGCAACAUAUUUAUAGCCGACUUCGUUAAUAAAUCUGUGUAUGCAUGCUUUCGAUGUAAAAUACUAUACAUUUUGUCCUGUGUGUUUUGUAAACUUACAUUUUGUUAUGUACACAUUUAGUGCAAUAUAUUACAUAUGUGUAAAUAUUACACACACUGUAAAUGCUUUGACUUGCUAUUUAUGAAA